AUGGAACAGGGUGUUAAUAUGAACGCACAGGUGUCGUUCCUUCCAAUCCUGAAGAUUUUGCUUCCGCCUAGCCAAGAUCCAACAGGCCAGAACACGGCAAGCUUGAGCAGUAUAACUAGCCAGUAUCAGCAUGUAUUUCUUAACAUCAGUGUCACGCCCAUAGAAUGCUCCAUCGUCUGUGACUCGGCAUGGGCAGAAUCCGAGUUCAUACCAGCCAUAAAACGCCUACCCAAAGACAAGGCAAAGUCGGUGCUUAUAUCCAAGGACAAGUAUGCAGCCCUUUGUGUCAUCACCGGAUCGCUGGACGCCGGCUCCCGCGUCGCCGACCUAACCUCGCCCCUCGCCCUCGCCAAUAUCCCCAUCUUCUUCAUCACCACAUAUUACUCCGAUUUCAUCCUCGUCCCAAUCAGAGACCGCCAAGCCGUGGUCAAGACCCUAUUGGGUAAAGGAUUCGUUUUCUCCCAAGAUGACCAGUCGCGCCUCAUUACCCCCGCCUCAGGACGCCCACACUCCUCCAGCUACAGCAAUAACACCGUGUAUCCAUAUACACACGACUGGAGCUCGGCAAUCCAAAGCCGGGCCAGCAACUACGCAAGUGAAAACUGCGUCGACCCGAACACCACUCCCCCUUCACCACCGCCCCCAUCACCCCCCUUAUCACCCACCGCAACGCUCACAGCCCUCGACGAGCUCCAAGAACGCACAUUCAGCCUCCUCAAAAAGCGCCAUGUCGUGCCAUAUGUUCAACCGAACUUGACUCUCGUCCACUGCACGGGAAUCCAACACCAUUCGUCGUCGUCCUCGCCCCGCGGCGCUUCCAACGGCGGCAGUCGCCGUAACAGCCGGCCCUCAUGGGUCGAUACCAUCGACGCAAAGCUGCACACGGCGCUGGUAGCCGCACUGGUAUCACAACCACGGUUUGUAUCAGUUACGUUCGCGAUGGACGACCCGCCAUCACUGCUGCUGGAUCGUGAGCUGCUGCCGCUGUUUGGCGGGUCGUUGGUCGGGCCGACAGGGGAAGGAGCUGGGUUGGUGCCAGUCUUCCUUGACUUGGCUGAUUUGCCAUUUGAAGCAACGGGCAUUGUGUCUGGGGUUGCGGGGCGGCUGGUCAAGGAGAUGGGGUGCUUGGUUUCGGAUGGCGAGCGGGCUGGAGGGGGCGAGCUGUCGUAUUUGUCAACGGCAAGGGCUGGUGCUGUCAUUUUGGAGGAAGGGGUUGCUGGAGAAGCCAUGGCUGUUUUGAAAAGAGGGCUUGUUGAAGAGCAGUGA